CUUUUUCCGCCGCGCGCCACCGGAAUGCCCCUGUCUUGCGGUCUAAUGGCGGACGCCAGUAUGUUGGAGUUAGUGGUGGCUUAAGUUUUGAAGGGAGGUAGCAUCCGUCGGAUAUCCACACCAUCCUUCUCGCUGCAGGCUUUCUUGGACUCAGUACUGUUGGUGUAACCAAGACCUGGAGGUCUGGGUGACUCAGAUUUCCUGCAACCAUGUUUCUGUACAACUUAACCUUGCAGAGAGCCACUGGCAUCAGCUUUGCCAUUCAUGGCAACUUUUCUGGAACCAAACAACAAGAAAUUGUUGUUUCCCGUGGGAAGAUCUUGGAGCUGCUUCGCCCAGACCCCAACACUGGCAAAGUACAUACCCUACUCACUGUGGAAGUAUUCGGUGUUAUCCGGUCACUCAUGGCCUUUAGGCUGACAGGUGGCACCAAAGACUACAUUGUAGUUGGUAGUGACUCCGGUCGAAUUGUUAUCUUGGAAUACCAGCCAUCUAAGAAUAUGUUUGAGAAGAUUCACCAAGAAACCUUUGGCAAGAGUGGAUGCCGUCGCAUCGUUCCUGGCCAGUUCUUAGCUGUGGAUCCCAAAGGGCGAGCCGUUAUGAUUAGUGCCAUUGAGAAACAGAAAUUGGUGUAUAUUUUGAACAGAGAUGCUGCAGCCCGACUUACCAUUUCAUCUCCCCUGGAAGCCCACAAAGCAAAUACUUUAGUGUAUCAUGUAGUUGGAGUAGAUGUUGGAUUUGAAAAUCCAAUGUUUGCUUGUCUGGAAAUGGAUUAUGAGCCAGUUUUAUUUUCUCUCACAGUUCCAGGAGGGUCAGAUGGCCCAAGUGGAGUACUGAUCUGCUCUGAAAACUAUAUUACUUACAAGAACUUUGGUGACCAGCCAGAUAUCCGCUGUCCAAUUCCCAGGAGGCGGAAUGACCUGGAUGACCCUGAAAGAGGAAUGAUUUUUGUUUGCUCUGCAACCCAUAAGACCAAAUCGAUGUUCUUCUUUUUGGCUCAAACUGAGCAGGGAGAUAUCUUUAAGAUCACUUUGGAGACAGAUGAAGAUAUGGUUACUGAGAUCCGGCUCAAGUAUUUUGAUACUGUACCAGUUGCUGCUGCCAUGUGUGUGCUUAAAACAGGAUUCCUUUUUGUAGCAUCAGAAUUUGGAAACCAUUACUUAUAUCAAAUUGCACAUCUUGGAGAUGAUGAUGAAGAACCUGAGUUUUCAUCAGCCAUGCCUCUGGAAGAAGGAGACACAUUCUUUUUUCAGCCAAGACCACUUAAAAACCUUGUGCUGGUUGAUGAGUUGGACAGCCUCUCUCCCAUUCUGUUUUGCCAGAUAGCUGAUCUGGCCAAUGAAGAUACUCCACAGCUGUAUGUGGCUUGUGGUAGGGGACCCCGAUCAUCUCUGAGAGUACUAAGACAUGGACUUGAGGUGUCAGAAAUGGCUGUUUCUGAGCUACCCGGUAACCCCAAUGCUGUCUGGACAGUGCGUCGACACAUUGAAGAUGAGUUUGAUGCCUACAUCAUUGUGUCUUUCGUGAAUGCCACCCUGGUGUUGUCCAUUGGAGAGACUGUAGAAGAAGUGACUGACUCUGGGUUCCUGGGGACCACCCCGACCUUGUCCUGCUCCUUAUUAGGAGAUGAUGCCUUGGUGCAGGUCUAUCCAGAUGGCAUUCGGCACAUACGAGCAGACAAGAGAGUCAAUGAGUGGAAGACCCCUGGAAAGAAAACAAUUGUGAAGUGUGCAGUGAACCAGCGACAAGUGGUGAUUGCCCUGACGGGAGGAGAGUUGGUCUAUUUCGAGAUGGAUCCCUCAGGACAGCUGAAUGAGUACACAGAACGGAAGGAGAUGUCGGCAGAUGUGGUGUGCAUGAGUCUGGCCAAUGUACCCCCUGGAGAGCAGCGGUCUCGCUUCCUGGCUGUGGGGCUUGUGGACAACACUGUCAGAAUCAUCUCCCUGGACCCCUCAGACUGUUUGCAACCUCUAAGCAUGCAGGCUCUCCCAGCCCAGCCUGAGUCCUUGUGUAUCGUGGAAAUGGGUGGGACGGAGAAGCAGGAUGAGCUGGGUGAGAGGGGCUCGAUUGGCUUCCUAUACCUGAAUAUCGGGCUACAGAACGGUGUGCUGCUGAGGACUGUCCUGGACCCUGUCACUGGGGAUUUGUCUGACACUCGCACUCGGUACCUGGGGUCUCGUCCUGUGAAGCUGUUCCGAGUCCGAAUGCAAGGCCAGGAGGCAGUAUUGGCCAUGUCAAGCCGCUCAUGGUUGAGCUAUUCUUACCAAUCUCGCUUCCAUCUCACCCCCCUGUCUUACGAGACACUGGAAUUUGCAUCGGGUUUUGCCUCAGAACAGUGUCCCGAGGGCAUUGUGGCCAUCUCCACCAACACCCUGCGCAUUUUGGCAUUAGAGAAGCUCGGUGCUGUCUUCAAUCAAGUAGCCUUCCCACUGCAGUACACACCCAGGAAAUUUGUCAUCCACCCUGAGAGUAACAACCUUAUUAUCAUUGAAACGGACCACAAUGCCUACACUGAGGCCACAAAAGCUCAGAGAAAGCAGCAGAUGGCAGAGGAAAUGGUGGAAGCAGCAGGGGAGGAUGAGCGGGAGCUGGCCGCAGAGAUGGCAGCAGCAUUCCUCAAUGAAAACCUCCCUGAAUCCAUCUUUGGAGCUCCCAAGGCUGGCAAUGGGCAGUGGGCCUCUGUGAUCCGAGUGAUGAAUCCCAUUCAGGGGAACACACUGGACCUUGUCCAGCUGGAACAGAAUGAGGCAGCUUUUAGUGUGGCUGUGUGCAGGUUCUCCAACACUGGUGAAGACUGGUAUGUGCUGGUGGGUGUGGCCAAGGACCUGAUACUGAACCCCCGAUCUGUGGCGGGGGGCUUCGUCUAUACUUACAAGCUUGUGAACAAUGGGGAAAAACUGGAGUUUUUGCACAAGACUCCGGUGGAAGAGGUCCCUGCUGCCAUUGCUCCAUUCCAAGGGAGGGUGUUGAUUGGUGUGGGGAAGCUGUUGCGUGUCUAUGACCUGGGAAAGAAGAAGUUACUCCGAAAAUGUGAGAAUAAGCAUAUUGCCAAUUAUAUCUCUGGGAUCCAGACUAUUGGACAUAGGGUCAUUGUAUCUGACGUCCAAGAAAGUUUCAUCUGGGUUCGCUACAAGCGUAAUGAAAACCAGCUUAUCAUCUUUGCUGAUGACACCUACCCUCGAUGGGUCACUACAGCCAGCCUCCUGGACUAUGACACUGUUGCUGGGGCAGACAAGUUUGGCAACAUAUGUGUGGUGAGGCUCCCACCUAACACCAAUGAUGAAGUAGAUGAGGACCCUACAGGAAACAAAGCCCUGUGGGACCGUGGCUUGCUCAAUGGGGCCUCCCAGAAGGCAGAGGUGAUCAUGAACUACCAUGUCGGAGAGACAGUGCUGUCCUUACAGAAGACUACGCUGAUCCCCGGAGGCUCAGAAUCACUUGUCUAUACCACCUUGUCUGGAGGAAUUGGCAUCCUUGUGCCAUUCACGUCCCAUGAGGACCAUGACUUCUUCCAGCACGUGGAAAUGCACCUGCGGUCUGAACAUCCCCCUCUCUGUGGGCGGGACCACCUCAGCUUUCGUUCCUACUACUUCCCUGUGAAGAAUGUGAUUGAUGGAGACCUCUGUGAGCAGUUCAAUUCCAUGGAACCCAACAAACAAAAGAACGUCUCUGAAGAACUGGACCGAACCCCACCCGAGGUGUCCAAGAAACUCGAGGAUAUCCGGACCCGCUAUGCCUUCUGAGCCCUCCUUUCCCUAUGGGGCUUGCCAGAGACUGUGUAUUUUGUUUCCCCCACCACCAUCGCCGCCACCUGGCUUCUGCCAUGUGGCAGGAGGGUGACUGAUUAAUUAAGACUGCAUUUUGAAAGCCAACAGCUCUCUCCCCUCACCUCUUCUCCUGGAAUGACUGGCUUCCCCUCAAAUUGGCGCUGAGAUUGGCUACACUUCUCCCCACCUGGUACAUGAUACAUGACCCCAGGUUCCAGUGUGGAACCCAAUUCCCCCAUUCCCCAAAGCCAUCCCUACAUUGAUAUGUCUGACUCUCCUGUCUACUUUUGCACACACCCUUAAUUUUUAACUGGUUUUCCUGUAAAUACAGUUUUGUACAAUGUUAUCUCUGUGGGAGGAAGGAAGGAAGGCUGUGGUGGGACUGGAUAGGAUAUAGUAUCACUCCUGAGUUCUGCUGCUCUAGAAUCUAACCCAGAAAGAAACAGAAACCUAGUUUUUAAGGUGA